GAACUUUUUCAGUUUGCCUUCAUGGAGGACUACCACAAGCCAGACCAGCAGACCGUCCAGGCUCUGAGAAACAUCGCUAUCCGCCUCAGGAUCAACUCCAUCAAGGCCACCACUGCGGCUGGCACUGGGUACCCCACGUCAUGCUGCAGCGUGGCGGAGAUCAUGUCGGUGCUGUUCUUCCACACCAUGAAGUACCGCCCGGAGGACCCCCGCUACAUCAACAACGACCGCUUCAUCCUGUCCAAGGGCCACGCCGCCCCAGCCUUGUACUCCAUGUGGACGGAGACCGGCUUCAUCAAGGAGAGCGAGCUUCUGACCCUGUGCCAGGUGGACUCUGCUCUGGAGAGCCACCCUACUCCUAGGCAGCAGUUUGUGGAUGUUGCCACAGGAUCUUUGGGGCAGGGCCUUGGAGUGGCCUGCGGAAUGGCUUACACAGCAAAGUACUUUGACAAAGCCAGCUAUAAUGUGUACUGCCUGCUGGGGGACGGUGAGCUGUCAGAGGGCUCGGUGUGGGAGGCCAUGUCCUUCGCCUCAUACUACCAGCUGGACAACCUGGUGGCUAUCCUGGACAUCAACCGGCUGGGCCAGAGUGAGCCCGCCCCCCUGCAACACCACCUGGACAAAUAUCAGAAGCGCUGCGAAGCUUUUGGGUGGCACACCAUCAUCGUGGACGGCCACAGUGUGGAGGAGCUGUGCAAGGCGCUGAGCCAGGCACGCCACCAGCCCACUGCCAUCCUGGCCAAGACGGUCAAAGGCAAAGGCAUCCCAGCUGCGGAGGACAAGAUGGGCUGGCACGCCAAGCCGCUGUCCAAGGACAUGGCGGAGGUGGUGGUGAAGGAGCUGCAGAGCCGCCUGGUGAACAGCAGCAAGCGGCUGUACCCGGCGGCCCCCACCGAGGACUCGCCUCCCGUCAGCCUGAGGAACGUGCGCAUGCCCAGCGCCCCCGGCUACAAGGCCGGCGAGAAGGUGUCCACCCGUAAGGCGUACGGGACGGCCAUCGCCAAGCUGGGCCGCUACAACGAGCGCGUGGUGGCGCUGGACGGAGACACCAACAACCUCACCUACUCGGAGAUCUUCAAGAACGAGCACCCCAACCGCUUUGUCGAGUGCUACAUCGCCCAGCAGAACAUGGUCAGUGUUGCCAUGGGCUGUGCGGCCCGGGACCGUAACAUUGUGUUCGCCAGCACCCUGGCCUCCUUCUUCACCAGGGCCUACGACCAGCUUCGCAUGGCCGCCAUCUCAGAGAGCAACAUCAACCUGUGUGGCUCACACUGCGGCGUCUCUACUGGAGAGGAUGGCCCAUCCCAGAUGGGACUUGAGGAUAUGUCCAUGUUCAGGGCUCUCCCCACAGCCACCGUGUUCUACCCCAGUGACGCUGUGUCCACUGAGAAGGCAGUGGAGUUAGCUGCCAUCACUAAGGGUGUCUGCUACAUCCGAACCAGCCGUCCAGAGAAUCCCAUCAUUUACAACAGCAAUGAGGACUUCCAUGUUGGACAGUCCAAGGUGGUGUACCAGAGCAAGGACGACCAGGUCACUGUGGUGGCUGCUGGGGUCACCCUGCAUGAAGCACUGGCUGCAGCCGAACACCUGAAGAAAGAGAGGAUCUAUGUCAGGGUGAUCGACCCCUUCACCAUCAAACCCCUGGACUCCAAAACCAUCAUCGACCACACCCGCGCCACCAAGGGCCGCAUUAUCACCGUGGAGGACCACUACUACGAAGGGGGUCUCGGCGAGGCCGUGGCCGCAGCGGUGGUCAACGAGUCCAACUUCAGCCUGCAGCGCCUGGCGGUGUCCCACACCCCCCGCAGCGGCAAGCCCCACGAGCUGCUCAAGCUCUACGGCAUCGACCGCGACGCCAUCGUCCUGGCCAUCCGCAAGAUGCUGAACAACUCUGCCAACGCCAAGUAA